AUGUUCGACCCCCUCCCUUGGGCAAACGACCCCUUCCCCUCCCACACCCCCAUGCACGACCUCCUCCCCAUGCACCCAUCCCGCGCCGCCCCCACCCAUCCACGCCGGCACCUCCGCCGCCGAACCUCGCACUUCGCCAUCGAAGGCGCAGAAUACACCUCUCAAAGCGACACCUCAGACGCGUACUACGACAAAGACGCCUCCCCCGACGCCGACUUCCACAUCCCCUCGUUCCGCAACAUGCGCCCCGCAGCCCCCACGCCCUUCCACCGCGUCGCAUGCCGGAUGCCGGCGCGCACCGCAGAGGCCCUCGACCUCGCGCGCGACGAGGUGCUGGUCCUGCCCCUGCAACUGACGCGGUUGCGCGUGCGCAUUUACAGCGGUAGUCGGGAUGUGCAGAGCGUGCGGGCGGUUGUGGCGGGGGAUAUGCGGGUGCGGGAUGUGGUUGGGCAGGUUGUGGGUGCGGGGGAUGUGCGUGUGUAUGUGAAGCGGGGUGGGCGGUGGGUGGAGCCUGGGGCGGGCGUGAAGAUGAGCGGGGUGGUGGAGCAGCAGGGCUGGUUUGCUGGGGAGGAGCAGAGGGAGGUGGAGGUUAAGAUUGAGGUUGGGGAUGGGGGAGGGGGGUUUGGAAGGAGGUUUGAGCGCGAGAUGGAGAGGGGGGUUGAGAGGAUGCGUAUGAGUGGUUUCUGA